AUGCAUUAUGAGGAGUUUGAGGUGAUCACUGCCGCAGAUGGCGUCUCAUCACUGAGAUUUGAUAUUGCUUGCGCCACAGUGAUUGAUCAUUACAUUCGGUGUACGGAACCACGUGUCAAGCAGGUAAUUGACAAAGACGAGUCGCCAUGUUCAACUGGUCUCCGCGUAUAUGAAGGUGCGCAGGUACUUGCGGCUUUUCUUGCUAGAUUUGGAAGUGGGUUGCUGCCACACACAUCUGAGCAUGCCACGUGUGAAGAUUCUAAUCCCUGGAUUGUCGAAUUAGGUUGUGGUUGUGGCCUGGUUGGAUUUACGGCGGCUGAACUUUUUCCGGGAGUUUCUGUGAUGUUUACUGAUGCUUCGGUUGACUGUCUUAAUUUGAUUGCUGCAACUGCAAAAAGGCAUGACUUUCCACUGAUUCAGGUCGGUGCUAAUGGUUUUAUUGAGGCCUUAGGGACUGACAUGCAUCGUGCUCUAGUUUCAUGUCCGUUGAAGUGGUGUAGGGAAGACACAGUCCAACUUGUUUCUUUCAUAGGGCGUCUUUCUAAGUCUUUGAAAGGUCCCAAAAGAGGAAGUGUGCAAAUGGUGCUGGGAUCCGAUUUACUUUAUUACCGGGCCGAUAUUAAGGCGCUUCUCACUACUUGCAAAUGCCUUUUACGAUACUCUGAGGAUAAAGAGUGUAAUGAGCAUAAUAUUGGCUCUUCGGCUCCACGCGUAGCCGUUUUGUCUCACUUCACGCGUAUGCCUGACGGUGACAAAAAACUACAGUUGACUGCGUACGAAUUAGGGUUUGGCAUUGCUCGUGUUCCAAUUGAAACUUUUGUUGAUGGAGAUAGCAUACAAAAUCGUGGUUGGAACGGGAUUUCGGUUGUGUUAUUGUUUUUGCGUUCUUUUGCGCAUACUGACGCAGGUUCUUUGGAUAUGAUUAACUUUAGAGAGCAGCGUGAGGAAGAGGAUCUUGCCGAAAUCAAAAGUAUUUUUUCUGAGGGCCAUCUGCCUUUUCCAAGUGAGGUUUUGGCCUGUUACUCGAAGAAAUCCUCAGGAGACAGACUUGACGACGCCGUGAAUUAUACAAAUGGAUAUGAGCUUGGCAAUCUUCCUUUUUGCUUUUGA